GCUUAUAUCCUUUUGACUAGCGAAGGCCAAAAAAAAAAACCCAUUGGAGAAAAACGAAGACUUUAAGCGACACAGAGGCGAAGCUAUGGCGGAUUUGGAAGAUGUUCAGACGGUGGAUCUCAUGUCCGAGCUCCUCCGCCGUCUCAAAUGUGCUCAAAAGCCAGACAAACGCCUCAUCUUCAUUGGACCUCCAGGGUCAGGGAAAGGUACACAAUCUCCAAUGGUGAAGGAUGAAUAUUGCUUGUGUCAUUUAUCCACUGGAGACAUGUUAAGAGCUGCUGUUGCUUCUAAGACCCCUCUUGGUCUCAAGGCCAAAGAAGCUAUGGACAAGGGAGCGCUUGUCACUGAUGAGUUGGUUGUUGGUAUAAUUGAUGAAGCCAUGAACAAGCCAAAAUGUCAAAAAGGUUUCAUCCUUGAUGGGUUUCCCAGGACUGUUGCUCAAGCAGAGAAGCUAGACGAGAUGCUUAAGAAGCGGGGAACUGGAAUCGACAAAGUCCUCAACUUUGCCAUCGAUGACUCAGUCCUGGAGGAAAGAAUCACCGGGAGAUGGAUCCACCCAUCUAGUGGCAGGAGUUACCACACCAAGUUCGCCCCUCCCAAGACCCCUGGAGUUGAUGAUAUUACCGGAGAGCCUCUGAUCCAACGCAAAGAUGAUAAUGCUGAGGUUCUAAGGUCGAGACUUGCUGCUUUCCACAGUCAAACUGAACCGGUGAUUGACUACUACGCAAAGAAGUCUGUUCUUACAAACAUCAAGGCCGAGAAGCCUCCCAAAGAAGUGACAUCAGAGGUUCAAAAAGCAUUGUCCUGAUGAUGAAAGACUGCUCAGGGCUCAAGCAGUCAUCUCCUCUGGUUAGAAUCCAUUCUUUUACUUCCUACAAGAGAGACAAUCAACUAUAUAUCUACUCAUUCUGCGGAAUGACAGUUUUUUAGUCUUUUGUUCGACUUUUUUCUUAAAACAUCGGCAAAAAUAAUUGAUACUUUGGAUCGAAACGAUCUUGAAUACUCUCUUUUGUCUCCUGUCUAACGCGGGACUUCUUUUCUGCAGUC